AUACUGAUUACACUCCUAGUAGUAUUCCACUGGACUGCGAUUUGUGACUACGAAAACCGUCAAGAUGUUCAGUUUGUUUAUAAUUGCGUUUUUAGGCGCUGCAUCUGCUGAUUUAUUGUACGAAGGGCAAUGCCCUGAUGUCGCGCCAGUGGAAAAUUUCAAUAUGCAGGCCUAUGAAGGCACGUGGUAUGAGGUAGCUAUGCUUCCGCUUUACAACCAAAUGAAUGGGAAAUGCUCCACUUCAGUCUACACCCUUGAAGGUGAUGGGCUGUCAGUCAGGAACUCUCAUAUAGUCAAUGGAGUAAAGCAAUAUCUGGACGGGAAUGUCAAACAUGCUGACCAGUCCAAAUCUGGAAAACUUAUUCAAUCAUUCAAGAUUGCACACCGGGUGAAAGUGGUUGAGCCGUACAUCUUGGCGAUUGACUACCAAAAUUACGCCAUCGCGUACAGUUGCAGAUACGACGAAUCAAAGAAAUCACACUACACUUUCGCCUGGGUCUUAUCUAGAAGUAAGACUUUGGAAGGAGACGCAAAGACAGCAGUCGAAAACUUCCUCCAAAACCACAGCAGCAUCAUUGAAUCUUCGAAACUUAUACCAACAGAUUUUUCUGAAGAAGCUUGCAGUUUCUCCAGUUCGUUUUCACUUUCGAAUCCAAAGAUGUUUAACGCUGCAGCAAGACAUUAAGAAGAAAGAAUACAAUAUUUUUAAAUUAUUGUUUAUUAUUUCUGAUUUUUUUAUUAUAUAUUGCUACAGUCAAUUAUGAUGACUGGGUUCGGUGAUUCUCAAAAUUCGGGGAAAUUGAGCAUUUUUUUCAAAUCGUGAAAGAAUAUCGUAGAUAUGCAUUAUUUUCCCUUAUUCACGAAAUCUAGGUAUGCAAGAAUAUAAAAAAAUGGUUUCUACAAGAAUGGUGUUCAUAGUUUUUGAGAUAAUUGAGAUUGAAAUUUGUGUUUAAAACGGCAAUGAGAAUGACUGUUUACGGUAAUGAAUGUACCAAUGACGGUAGUGAAAUAAGCCGCCGGUAAUGAAAAAAUCUGAUGAAAAUGUAUAUUCUACACUUAAUAAAAUAGCAUUAAGUGAG